AUGCUUCAGCGAUUUGUUGUCUUGCUGGCUCUGACAGCUUCAAGUCAUGCAGCAAGCUCCCCGUUGCAGCUGACCGGGACUACCGCUCUCUUGGGUGGCAACCCAUACUGGGUCGACCCGAAUGCUGUCGGAAAGAUCCCAAGAGACAUCGCGUUAAAGACGUUUGGGAACAACACGUCCCUUUUGGGAGGAUUUCGUCCCAUUAGCGUAGUUGAUUCCGCAACUGGUAGUGGUGCAACGACAGAGUCUCUGGAGCAGAGUUUGACUCGUUUUCUUGCCGAAGAUGACGUCUGGAGCAAAGAUUUCUCUGAUAUCAUCUAUUCGCAAAGUACAGCCUCCGACGGUCAGCAUGAACGCCAGGGUAUAUUCGUGAACCAUUGGAACCAUCGCACGGUUGUUGUUGGUAACGUCAGCGAUGAACGUGGGAAAAUCCCGGAAGGGCCUUACUUCCUGUCUCUGGAUGGGGGCGUACACCGCGUCUUCCGCCUGUACACCGAUUCCCAGAAUGCGUUCGCCGAAAGCACCUAUGCUGAUGCAGAAGGGAAUCAUGCAGUCCUCCCCGCCAAUCUCCCAGGCGGAGGCCUUGCCAUUGCGGUUCCUUCACGUCUUUACUACAAGGCAACGCCCGAGAGACCUCUGGCUGGUGUGCGUCUUGGCGUCAAAGACAUUUACGACAUAUCGGGCAUCAAAACAGGGAACGGGAACCGUGCUUGGUACAACCUCUACCCUCCGGCCAGCCAGACAGCACCAGCAGUCCAAGCCCUCAUCGAUGCGGGUGCUGUCGUGGUUGGAAAGGUGAAGACGGCGCAAUUUGCCAACGGCGAGUUCGCCAAUGCCGAUUGGAUCGACUAUCACUCCCCUUUCAACCCCAGGGGAGACGGAUACCAGGACCCCAACUUCUCGUCCGCGGGCGCCGGGGCAAGCGUCGCAUCAUACGAGUGGCUGGACAUUGCGCUUGGAUCGGAUACAGGUGGGAGCAUCCGCGGUCCCGCCCGGGUGCAGGGUCUCUAUGGGCUUCGACCCUCCCACGGGGCUGUAUCCCUCAAUCACACCUUACCCCUGGCCCCGGAGUUCGACACGGCCGGUCUUGUUGCCCGAGACCCAGCUCUUCUGCGGAAUGCUUCUGCGGUCUUGUACGGCGUAUCGGCGUAUUCCUCGAGCGACUUCCCCCGGACCCUGCUCGUCGAGCCGUACCCUGCAGGACUGAGUCAGGAGACAACGGCGGCUCUGGACAAGGUUUUGAGCGGGUUGAGAGACUUCCUUGGAAUCGAGGCGAUCACGCCUUUCAACAUCACCGAGUCGUGGCGCACUUCCCGACCGCCCUCGGCUCCCGAGACCCUUGACGGCCUGCUGAACACGACCUACGCGACGCUCAUCACCCGGCGCCAGACCAGGCUCGUCCGGGACCCCUUCUACGCCGACUACGGCCGGUUGCACGACGGGCGACUUCCCUUUGUCAACCCGGUGCCCCUGACGCGAUGGGGUUAUGGCGACAGCCUUCCCGAGGCCGCAGUGGAUGAUGCCUUGAGGAACAUCACCGUGUUCAAGGAUUGGUUCCAGGGCGAGGUCCUCCCAGUCGACAACAGGACAUGCUCGUCUUCCAUUGUCGCCUAUGCCAGUCCGCCAGUGAUCCAGUACAGAAAUGUGUACCGGAGCCCGCCUACGGUACCUUUUGGGUUCGCUAGCUCGUACUGGAGCGUGUUUGGUGGAGUGCCUGACAUGGUCACGCCGAUCGGCCAGACCCCAUACAACUCUUCCAUAACGAAGCACGUGGAGAACCUGCCUGUGACCGUCAACCUGGUGGCUGCAGCUGGUUGCGAGCACAUGCUCUUGAGCCUUGUCGCCGAGCUGGCAAGGGAGGGAUUGUUGACGUCUUCGGCGUUACUUGUCACCAUGCCUGUUCUCUCCGAGCCCGAUAUCGAAAAGAUCCUUGCCGUUCUACGGCGCUUUUCUCAAUACGAGCCACAGUCUGCUCCCCAAAAGGUGCCUGCGUACGAGGCGGUCGCGGCGACCAAGCUGAGGGAGUUUGACCAGUCCGAUGAGCCGAUAACCCUACUCCUCCCGGCUUUUCCUUGGAAGAACCCCAACACUGACAAGGUGCUGGGUGGAAGCCCCGACUUGGGAGAGGAGCUUGGGCUGGCCAGGCUGGACCAUCUUUGCGAAGAGCUGGGGAGGAUUUACGCUCACGGGGCACACGUUAUCCUGGUCUCUGACGGCCCUGUCUACAACGAUCUUCUCGGUAUCCCGGACGCCGACUACUUCGAAUACGGGGUUCAGCUACGGGACCUAGCGAAGCAGGAGGGCCUCUCACACAUCAAGUUCGUCCGCCUGGUGGACGUGCUCGACCUUGGCAACGGUGACGCCAUGUCCAGGGGUGAGCACCUCUCGAUGGCGGAGACCUGUCGACGAGAGAUGGAGCGGAGAUUCCUCAGUCCGGAUUUCAGUGUUCAAGGAGAAGUUCGGGCCCACCCCGACACCGCCCUGACGUACCAGAAGUAUCUCAAAUCUGCGCACGAGGACCUCUUCUGGGGGCCCGAAGUCGAUCCUGCCAUCAAACGAGAUGCUGUCAAGUACGAAACCGAGACGGAGUGGAUCGCUGAGCGAAUGACACAGAGACUUCUGGCCUACGAAAGAGCCCUCGAACACAAGUUCCCGAGGGUGAUCAGGCUUUCCAUCCAUCGAUCGACGGGGAAAAACAAGAUUUCGGUGCCUUUGAUACCUCAACCCGGCGGGUUCGGGCUCACCCCUUGGCACUCGGCCCUCCUGGUGACGGCUCAAGGAGAGUUUCGCACAAGACCGUCGAGCGAGCUGAGAGACCCGCGAAAGUACGAGAUCGUCAAGCAAAACGGAAAACCGUACUUCGUACGGGAGAAAAACCCCGACUUUGACUGGCCGGAGCACGUCAAGAUUCAUCACAAGUACGGGGGACGAAUCAUACUGGAGAACACGUCGGAAGAUGAAAGCAAGAAGCGGCCCGCUGACGAGCUCGAGCUGAAGCUUGCCAACCUCGCACUUAGACCAGGCGGCUUGGAGGUUCGCGGGUUCAAGGUUUAA